CGGCGUCACAUGCGUGGGUUCAAAGGUGAAUGUGACUCUCCAUCAUGGCGGUUCUUAUGGGACGCUUGUUGCGAGCCUGCGGCGCGCGGGCGCUGGACCAGGACAGCGCGUGCAGGAUCACGGCGGCGUACCUGAAAGCGGCACAGCCGCGUGCGGGGAUCGGAGCCCCGCGCGGGGCAGGCGCGGCGGCCGCGCGCCGCUACAGCUCCGAGUCCAAGGACGAGCUGCGCGUCCGGUACCUGCACGGAGAGGAUGCAGGGAUCGUUGUUGUGGAGAUAAACCGACCCAAAGCCAAAAACUCCAUCAGCAAAAACCUGGUCAAACUGAUGUUUGAAGCUGUGGACGACAUCAAGAAGAACAACAAGGUGCGCAGCGUGGUCCUGUGCAGCUUGGUCCCCGGAGUGUUCUGUGCAGGUGCAGACUUGAAGGAGAGGGCGAAGAUGCCACAGAGUGAGGUGGGACCGUUUGUGUCCAAAGCCAGAGCCCUGAUCACAGAGCUGGGCAACCUUCCUGUUCCAGUGAUUGCUGCGAUCGACGGAGCUGCGCUGGGAGGCGGUCUGGAGAUGGCUCUGGCCUGUGACAUCAGGAUCGCCUCAAACUCUGCCAAGUUGGGACUUGUUGAGACCAAGCUGGCGAUCAUUCCUGGAGCAGGAGGAACUCAGCGUCUCCCGCGGGUGAUCGGCGUCUCUCUUGCCAAGGAGCUGAUCUUUGCAGCUCGGGUGGUGGACGGACAGGAGGCCGGCCGCCUGGGGCUCGUCAAUCGAUGCGUGGAGCAAAACAAAAGCGGAGACGCCGCUUACCUGGAGGCGCUGGAGCUGGCUCGAGAGAUCAACCCCCAGGGACCCAUCGCGAUAAGGAUGGCAAAGCUAGCGAUCAACCAGGGAAUAGAGGUGGAUCUAUCUACAGGUCUGGCGAUUGAAGAGGCCUGCUACGCCCAGGUGAUCCCCACUAAAGACCGUCUGGAGGGUCUGGCUGCUUUCAAGGAGAAGCGGCGCCCUAACUUCAGGGGGGAAUGAGCCCCCCCCUCCAGCGAGCCUCUCGCCUUCAGAUGAACCCAGAGCAAUCGAGGGGGGGUUCCGCCCCAUCAUGGCUGCUGAGUCAGGCUAAUAACUGCUUUGAGAUCAAGGGCCACUUCCUGUAACCCUAAAACAUGCUGCGUGGACCUGCCCGUCCUGCAGGGGGCAGCAGCGUCCUGUUGAAGCUGAGGCUAACAGAAAAAUACACAUUUCUGAAAAAUCUCCAAAACUAAAGCCUUUUUUUUUGGUUCAGUCCAGUUAAGUUGGUCACUGUAAAUGUCUUCUCAUUUUGGCGCCCCCUGUGGUGAAACUGUUCCCCAACACAGCUGCAACACACAUCAAUGCUACUUCACUGCAGAUCCAGACCGAGCCGGGCCGCAGCAGAACCCUCCGUCUGCUGGCUCAAAGUGCUGCAAAGAAAAGAGCAGGAAUGAAGCUGAACCUGAGCUGGACCCCCGCCCUCAUGCUUCACUGAAACCCGGACAGAUGAACUCAUCUCAAUGCUGUGUCCUCCAGUCGUGAAGCCUCCAAGUUUGCUUCAUCGAUUUGAUUAAAGUCCAUCUGCACUGA